UCAAAACUUUCAAACAGGGCAGACAGACAGAGAGACAGAGAGUCGGACGGCCCGUGUGACAGAGAGGAAUCAAGCUUUGGACAAACCGCUGCACCACACACUCCAAACAAGAACUGUUGUCUUCUGAGAAAGAAAAAAAAAGAGUGAAGAAAAGAAAGAGGCAGAGUCAUUGUGGAUCAUUUUCAGGGGGAAUAUCCUGCACCACAUCUUGUUUGUUUUCUCUUUCUUUCUCGUCUUCCCCCUCCUCUCAGAUCUCGAUGCUUUGCUUUGGGAUUUGUGCUCCAAAUCCAUCAGAUUCCUCUCUUGAUCUUUCUCUUUGUCAUCUGAAACAUUUUGAGCUACAAAUUUUUUCCAGAACUUUGCAACCCAACAAAGUGAAACAGACGUUUGCAGAAUUUCACUUGGACUAAAAGCUGAAUCCAAGCCCGGUUCUGGAAUGAAUUUAACCGAGCCCAGCUUGUCUAGAGAGACUCUCCUGCAUGCCAGCCGGAUGUCCCUCGGGGGCCCCUGGGCAUCCGGGACCCCGAGCCCUGCUUCUGAUUCUGAAAUGGGCUUCGAGCAGAACCUCUCCGGGGACUGCAGCUCUCCCGACGGCCUCGGAAGCGGGAGCAUGAGGAGGACAGAGCCGAGGAUUUCUCUGACGCCCAGUUCAGGGGGACAGAGUCCGGACCUGAGCCAGGCUGGAGGUGUGUCGGCGGGCACGGCCGAUGGGAAGGCUGUGGGGGGCGAGCAGAGGAUCCGCAGGCCCAUGAACGCCUUCAUGGUCUGGGCUAAAGAUGAGAGGAAGCGACUGGCCGUGCAGAACCCCGACCUGCACAACGCUGUGCUCAGCAAGAUGCUCGGUCAGUCAUGGAAGGCCCUUAGUGCCACAGACAAGCGACCAUUUGUGGAGGAAGCAGAGCGUCUGCGUGUCCAGCACCUCCAGGAUCACCCAAACUACAAAUACAGGCCUCGCCGCAAGAAGACCACCAAAAAACUCAAGCGGGUCGAGCCGGGGCUUCUGCUCCACAGCUUAGCCCAGGGCGGGGCACCAGGCCUUGCAUUAGGACACGGUGUCAACCCACUGGGUGCAGAAAGUGGAGGUUCUGCUUACGGACAGCUCGGUGGCCAUCCCUCGCAUCACCAUCACUCCCACCACCUGCUGCACCCACUCGGGCACUUCAGGGACCUCCAGGCCCCGGGACACUCAGAGCUGGAGAGCUACGGCCUGCCCACUCCGGAGAUGUCCCCUCUGGAUGUUCUGGAAGAUGGAGGUGGGGAAUCUGUGUUUUUCCCCCAGCAUGUGCAAGAGGAGGCGGGGAUAGGGGGAUGGAGUGGCUACCACCACCACCUCCACCAUCAUAACCAGCAUUACAGCCAUAAUUACAACAACCACAGUCACCACAGCUCCUUAAAUAGCGCAGCGACACACAGUCAGAGUUCAGGAAUGAGUGUUGGUGCCAGUUUGAGUCCAGGUAGGAGCUCCAGAGUUGAGUCAAAUAUGAGCUCCAGGUUAAAUCACACCUCUGGUCACCACAUCGCUUUGAGGAGUCCUGUUAAGUGCCCACCACCUUUAUCUGACUCCUCCUCCCCUGUCUCCUACACCCAGCCCUCCAUCAGCCUCCCUGAGCCGAUUAAAUCCCACCAAACGCCGCAUCAACCCACCGCUCCUGUCGGCUACUUCGGCCAAAUGUAUGGGAACAGUGCUCCAAAUGCAUACUACAUGCCGUCUCACCUGGGCCAGCUCUCACCUCCUCCUGAGAGCUCUCCUUCUUCCUGCUCGUCCUCCUCCAUCCCCACGUCAACCUUCCCUCCUCCUUUGCACUUAGACCCCUCCAAUCCCGAGUCGUCCUGCCAUCUGGGGUCUUCUUCUGCUGAGUUCUGGUCCGAAGUGGACAGGCAUGAGUUCGACCAGUAUGUGAAUGUUGGAAGGAAUCGAGAGGAGGCCUACGGACGUAGUGGGAGCUGUGGAGGUGGCUCCAAAGUCCUGAGUGGGCGCAGUAGCAAUAGUGUAGGUAGCAGCAUGAAUAGCAGCAUUCUUAACAGGGAUGUCAGUAGCAUUUUGAGCGGUGCUGGUGGGUGUGAUGAAGGGAGCAGCCCUCUCAUCUCUGCUCUCUCUGAUGCCAGCAGUGCUGUCUAUUACAGUGCCUGUAUCACUGGAUAAAUACUCAAAGAUCUCAUCUCUCUUAUGUACCUCCUUGCAUACUGCACAGUUUGGUUUGGUUCAUUUGAUACAUGUGAGGAAGUAUGUUGGGAAGUUUAGUUUCGGCUCAUAUUCUUAAUCAGUGCCAUGCCUUGCUAAUUCCUCACAGAUUCUAAAAUUAAUACGUUUUUGUAAAUGCUGAAAAGAAAAACGCAGAUGAGUGUUUUCUUCAAAUAAACUCUUGAUGGAGCUGAAGGAGCCAAAACUUAAUUUUUUAAAAAUGUGCUAACUGGAAAAAAAAACUUAACUGGAAAAGAAAGCACUUUUAUCAAAUGAAAUAAAACACAAAUGCUAAUGACUUAGUUUUGGAUUAUUAAUUCAUUCCUGAACAUUAUAUGAAAAAGUUGGCUGCUAGCGAACCAGCUUUUCCUUGAUGGCUGCGUGCCAUGCGCCUGGUGUGUCUAGUUUAGACCAACCUCAGCUUGCAAGCAUGAGUAGUUUAUGGCCAUAGGAAUGAAGCUCAUGGCACCUUUCUAGGCAGAUUACUCGCAGAAGGGUUUUUUUGCUGAGCAACUUCAAACCCAGCUACUGUCAGUCAUUUAGCUAACAUAGAGGAUUACAUUCGCUAAUGUUGUUGGCAAACUUAAAGGCACACUUCACCUGCAAAAUGACUACUUGUAUUUUAGUUGCUCUCUGCGUGUUUAAUUGAAAUUGUGAAGAAAACUUUGUUUUUUCUCGCAGGCCUCCACGGUGAACGGAGAAUCCAAAAAAGACAAACAUUCUUCAUGAAUAGAAGUGAAUGGGGUCCACAUUUAACAACAGCAAAACUAUAUCAAAACAUCAGUUUACAAACAAUUCGUACAGUAUAAUUCAAGUCUAAUUUAUCCAGUCGUAUGCUCAGUGCCUCCUACGUACCUUAAUGAUAUAACGAUACAACAGAGAAUACUUAAAUCUACAAGAAGCGCACCCUGAGUGUGUGUGAGACUGUUUAUACUGACAAAUGUUCUUUAAUUUGCAUAGGUUUUAGAUAAAAUGCACGUGUUCAGGAUGUACUGAGCAUACAACUGGAAGAAUGAGACUUGCUGUUGUUAAACAUGGUCCCCAUUUACUUCUGUCCAUGAAGAAUGUUUGCCUUUUUUGGAUUCUUCGUUCACCGUAGAGGCCUGCAGGAAAAACAACGUUUCCUUCACGAAUUCAAGGAAUCACAAGAUGAAUACUUGAUAUACAAAUGGUCAUAAUGUGGGCGAUGUAGUCCUUUAAGGAGGGAAAAAAAAAACCUGAUAAUUUCUGUUGCAUCACUCCAAGCUUGAUGCUCUUUAUCAAGUCUGUUGAUCCAAAUUGAUUAGCACAGAAAAAACGCUUCCUCUCAGAGGUUGUAAUAUUUUGCCUUGGUAAAUAGAAUAAAGAAAUAGGCCUGAGUGUGAUGGACAGAUAAACAGAAGGCAGCUGGAGAGCAUGUUAAAUUAACAUUGUGUUUUUAACUUACUUAUGAAGGGUGCUAGAUCUGUGUUAGCAUAACGCUAAUAACAAGGAGUCUAUAUCGAUAUCUGGAUAUAUUUAUGACCUGAGGUUGCUCUGGUGGACGUAGAAUUCAACAAGUGCUAAUCUGAGUUGAAGUACCUGCUCCUGCCUGUUCCAGGGCUUUUGUUUCUCCAGUGACAGUACAUGCUAUUGGAAGAUCAUGCAAGCAAAAGGACUCCUUUAGUUGCACUGUGUUUACUCUGGUCAUCAGAAAAAUCCACAACUAUGACAAACCUGAAUUUCAAGAUCGUCUAAUUUCAUUUUUGACAUUUAAUCUCAGGACCAGACAACUAUUCAUCUCCACUGAACUUCACGAAGUUUAGAUUUAUUCAUCUCGUUUGAUAAAUGGCAGCACGGAGGACAAUGUAGGAGACACUCGGGAGAUGGACAUAAAGAAAGAGACUGGAUGGGAGAGACUUGAUCCAGCCUCCACAUAUCUCACAGUGUUGUCGGGAAAGCCUUGGCCACCGACCCAGAACAGACCACUGAUGUCUCCCACAAACUAUCCGGAUGUUUUACAAGCUGGGUAGGGUUUUUUUAUUCUGUCCGUGAUACAUGCCGUUCCCUCUCUGUCUCAGUCCAUGACAGGGCCUCACGUCAGACUCUAUGCCAAAAUCUGCAAGUCUUAAGUUGCUUUGCUUCCUGGCAAACACAGAUAUGUUGAUGAAUCAAAGAUCAUUCUUUUAACCAGUAAGCCUCUCUGGUAUAACAAACAUAUCACUUGUUUAAACAAAAUGUCUUUUUUUCCACGUUAAGAAGUGUAAUUUUGUUCUACAUGUAACAGAAGAUUGGGCUCUACAAAUGAAGUGCCUCUGGAACAAGUCUUGUGUGGUAGAUCAUAAAACAGCUUCAUUUUAUACUUUAAAGUGCAUCCUGUCCAACGUCAAAGUUUGACCACUCUAAUUACAAAUUGUUCCGUCCUUAAUUUCAUUGAGACGUUUAAGGAUAAUAGUGAGUCUUGUGAUUUUUUGGAAACCUUGUUUUGAUGUAGCCUUUUACUGUAUAUAUAGAUGCUGUGCCUCUUGGCAGUAUAUGUGAAGGAGAAACUGCGACUAUGAAAUGUUCUCUUUGCACUGGGUUUAAUGUCUUAGCUGUAUAGAAGGAACACUACUUAUUAAAAUUCAAAUGUCCAUAAUUUUAAAUGUGUUUUUGUACAGAAAGGACUGUGCUUGUUUUGUUGUUUUAUAGAUUCUGUUUUAUUGAUGUCUUUUCUUAAGGGAAUAAUUUGACCUUGUAGGAAAUGAUUUGUUUUUUGUCUGAGAGUCAGAUGAGAAGAUUGAUACCACUCGUGUGUCUGUGUGUUUGAUACGGAGCAGAGUUGGGAGGCGAUAAGGCGCAAAGAGUUAGCCUAGCUGUCUUCACAAUGAAAAAGUCUACCUACUGGAACUUUUAAUACAUAGCCACUAAGUAACAUGUUGUCUCUGGGUUGUUUAAAGGGAUAGUUUGGAUCUUUUGAUGUGGGGUUGUAUGAGGAACUUAUCCAUAGUCAGUUUAUCAUGUCUCACUCUCAACUUUUCAAAUACCGCCAUUUUGUCAGUGGACCUUAAUGGCUGGGCUCCAUCCGGCACGUCAGCGGCGUGACACGUCUGCAGCAUGAGUCCUGUAGCAGCUCGCCCUCCUGUUAAUCAAUUACAGCGGCUCCACCAGCAACAGGAGUGGCACGACAACCCCUGUCUGUCGCUCUUCUAUUUUUGUCGCACUACGCUCCCCUACGCGACCCUCCAGUAGAUAAAAACUACAUGAAAUAGUGUGCUAAACGAGCACAAUGUGUUUUUAAAUGAAUAAACCAUUAUCAGAGGUGAUAUGUGAUGAUUCUUUUUUUCAUGCAUGUGCCCAUGUUUAUCCGUGACAUUGUGUAAAUGUCCGUGGCGGACAUUUGAAAGCGAGUAGAUGACAAACAGUACAGUAAACUUGCAGAUAACUCAAAUAUGUAAUAACUUAGGUGGAAAAUGCUUUAACAUUUCAUGCAGCCUACAUGCAGCCUCUCGGCUCGGCAAACGGUAAACAACCCCGCUGGCUUCUCUACGUGUCGCUUCCGUACAGUCAGUGGAGCCCAAAUGAAUACGCCGCGACGCUACGCUGACGUGACGCUUACGUUUACAGCCGGUGGAGCCCGGCCGUUACGGCAGACACUGUCCACACAGUUUAAAAUAUUCAAAAUUAUUCUUGUGUUUGUCAAUGUUGUCGAGCCAGUUUAAUGGCUCCGCUCAGAGUGGACCCUCGACCCACCAGUUGGGAACCACUGCUCUACAACUACCGCAGCAUAAGGAGCAGAGAAAACUUCAGCGAACCCGGUGUUCAUUUCCCGUGUGAAACCAAAAGUCAGUCAAGUUAUCUUAAUGCUAACAUAGUGUGCUAGUAUGUUUAGCAUGCUACGCUAGUGAUGUAUCACAUGACAAUUGCUACAUUACAUCAAUAACAAGCAUACUCGUUUAAGCCAAACCAAGAUUUUUUUUCUUUUGUUGCCUUAACUUAAGGACGUUAACCUAAAAAUAAACUGUUUUACCUACACUGUAAGUUUACUUUGAAAAAGACUGUGUACAUUUAACAAGCCAACACAUUCUCACUCCGACCUCGUCACAUAUCGACGUUUGGUUGGUCAUGGACCUUCCGCGUCCACAUACGACGUGCAAAGUGUUGGUUGUUGACGUUCUGGGACGCUGUUUCAAAUUCUGCCUGUUACAUGCAUCAUUUUCUUUCAAAAUACACUUUUGUUUUCACAGGAAAUUUAACAUUUACAUACAGUCUCUUUCAAAAUAAAAGCACUACGCUGGUACAACACCAAGAAUUUACUUUUUUUUUUUUCUUUCCACAGCAAACGCACAUGGUUGGGUUUAGGAAAAAAAACAACAGGGUUUGGCUUUAUAAUCUUAUUGGGCGAGAAUGCCAGUAGAAAGUCAGUGUUUGCUGGACCCAUCCCCCGCCCUUCCUGCCUGCUCUUAACUUUCGUUCUUGUCCUGCGGCGUCACCCCCUGACGCUGCUGUUAAACUAUAACGGCGACCGGCUGCAUAUCACUCCAAUGUUAAAGCAUGGAUUUUUUUGUCAGUGUCUGAUGCUGCUAGUCAAAAACAGUAAUUUAACAUCGCUGAACACAGGAGCUACUGGUCUACCGCUGCCUUGAUCAGUGAGUUUGUGUUAUUGUGUGACUUUAAAAAGGUUUGUUCGGAUUGCUGACCGCCAUCUACUGUAGGUAAAACACUGCCUGUGAAUAAGUACCUCAUGUAACCCCACUUUAACAGAUCCAAACUAUCCCUUUAAUCUGAACACGAGCAGAAACGUUAAAGCGAUCAUUUGUGGUUUUCGGGGGAGUGGUGCUGUGCAAUUACUGCUCCUGCGUAACUCUUCGUAAAACCACAGACUGUUGAUUGUACCCUCUAAUUUAUAAAAGGCGUUAAUUAGGCGAGCUGUGCCCUCUUGCUCGUUGUCUUUGAAGUUAAGCUAACUGCCUCCCGACACCAGCUCGUUAUUGAUCUCACACACAUGACAACCAUAAUGAUGUCCACGUUAUCAGGAAGAAAGUGUAUUUCCCCAAAUGUUGAACUAUUUCUUUGAAGAUGAUUUGAACACAAAAGCAUCGGAGCAGUGACUGGACUUUUGUGUGCUCUGUGUGUGUGUGUGUGUACGGAAAUCUAUAAUUGUAAAGAUCUCUUGUAGAUCUCUUGUUAAACUUCGCUCCACCAGUGACACCAGCAAACCAGAAACUCUCCCUCCCACACCGAUGUUAUUGAGCUGGAAAUUAAAAUGAAAAUCUGUGGUUUUGUUUUGUGCUGAGAAAAAUGAAAAAUCAACAGUUGUAGCCACUGUCGAGGUCUCUCUGUAUGUGUUUAUGUAGCAUCUACUCUGUAAUAUUUAUGUAUACAGUGGGAGCAAAAAAAAAAAAAACAGAAGUCACUCUUCAAGAAUUUAUCCCGCAUCUGUUCUGCAUUAGUCCUACAGACAAUACUUUUUUGGGGGCAUGAAACAGUAGAAGAAAAUCGUGUAUCUUGUACAGUGAAACCAGUUAUAUUUACCACACCGUUCCUUGUGGCCACCAUUGGUUGAAAACAGAGCAACAGUAGAUUUUUCCAAACAUUUCCUCUAGAGGACGGAGCCGCAGAGAAGCAGCAGUUCAAGCAAAGUAUUAAAAAAAAAUACUUCUACAUCUGCAUUUGACAUUCUUUUCUGUUGACACCGAACAGAGUCUUGUUUCCAUUUUAAUUUACUGUGACACACAAAGAACAUCAGAGAGACAGGCGUUUUUCCCUUUUUUUUUUUUUUUUUUUUUUGUU